GGGACCCCUCACAUCAAUUCAAAAAUAUCGGCAUGGAAGAAAAGUUAUGGUCUGCUGCGAUCCAUUCUGAGUAGGACAGGUAUUGGUUUCAACAGUGACGGCAAGUAUAAGAUCGAGUGUGAUGAUGAGCAAUGGGAACAAAUUGUUCAGGCCGACAAGGAAACAAAGUUUAUGCGCACGAAGUCAUGGCCCUUAUUCGAGAUAUGGAAGAGUAUUUUUGGCAAGGAUCGUGCCGGAGGUGGUGGGGCAGAGCAAGUAGAUGCAGCGGCGGCACGAGUCCGUGCCCAACUCGCGGGGGGCAGUCAAUCCAACGACAACAACAACUACUACUACCCUACUUUCGAAGAUUUCUCCCCGGAUCCAAGUGUUCCCCUAACUGAUAUCCCUGAUGUUAUUGAAACCAUUACAAGAUCUUCAACCAAGGAGGCAUCAACCAACAAACCUAGCAGGUUCAAAGGAAAAACUGACUCUGGUGACAACGCUAUGAUGGAGUUCCUUGCAAAUCUACACAAUGAAACCAAUGCAAGGUUGGAGGUCAUCUCGGAAAGGAUCGGCUAUGAGUUUGACUUGGGCAAGGCUAGGCAAGAUGUUUAUGAUAAACUAGGUACUGUGGAAGGCCUGACCAUAGCACAACGCUAUCAGCUAUGCAACAUACUGGGAGACAAGCCUCAGCGCCUUGAGGUGUUUAUUGGUAUGCCGGAAGAUGCUCGGCUUGGGUAUGUGUUGAUGCUUAUUGAUGAACAUCGCAGGGGGAUCUGAAUGAUCGUUUAGUCGUUGGUAUAUUUGCUUUUGUAGCUACGUUUUGUAUGUUUAAACUAGUAUUAUAGUGUCCGACCAAUCAACCUUUUGUACUUAACUAGUUAUAUGUAUGGUCGUGACAUGAUCGAAUUCUGUUGCAGUGUAUAUGAACCUGCAUCUCUUUAUCCUCAUCGUCAACGGUUUAUAGUUGAC